CCUAGCAUAAGUGUGGGGCAGGAGUAUGAGAAAGUCCUAGCAUGGGUGUGGGGCUCUAAGACAGCUUCAGACAUUCCUGGCCCCCAUGGAGGCACCUCUCUCUCCAUUGUUCCUCACAGAGGUCUUCCAGGAGAUUUGAGACAUUACUUUGUUCUCAAAAGAGGAGAAACACUAACACCCAAAUGGGAAGAGGGACUAGGUAGAGAAAACAGGAAAACUGUAACAGACAGAGAAAAGUAGGCAGGAAAGGGGGAAAGGAAAUGUUGAUAAAGAGAGGCCAGGGGAGCACAGCCCUGGGGACAAGACCAGGGCUGCGCAGUUCAGCAGGGGUUGCCCUGGGUGCAAGGCCCUCCUCUGCUGCCUUCUGUGGACCCCAAGGAUGGAAGCAACCUGUGGCUGCUUACUGAUGUUGAUGCCAGAGGCAAUGUUGGCAACCAAGUCUUGAAGAUAGACAGCCGCACACAAGGAAGGAGACUGUGCAUCUGAGUCACUGCUUGGAGAGGAGCCACUGGACCAGGGACACUCACAGCCACCUGGAAUGCUGAUCCCAAAGUUGUGAGAUGGAGAAUAAAUAUAAGGAAAUCCUGUUGCUGAAAGGCUUGGAUCUCAUUACCCAGGAGGAACUGGAUAGGUUUAAGUUCUUUGUUCCAGACGAGUUCAGUAUCCCUAGGGGCAAACUAGAAACUGCAAGCAGGACAGAGGUAGCUACCUUGAUGAUUCAUAAUGCCGGUGUGGUGCCUGCGGUGAUGAAGACCAUUUGUAUUUUGCAGAAGUUGAAUUACAUGAAUGUGGCAAAAUGUCUUCAGGACGAAAAGGAGAAAGUUGACAAGGAAUACAAAUCAACCAAAAAACCAAAGACUACUCAAACUGGAAUUGGUCCUGUCACCUCUGCGGAAGUCAGAAAUGAGGUCUUGGCACAAUGUGCUGCACCAGACGUCUCUCCUCUCAUCAAGCCUGUACAGAAGCAGAUGGUGGCCCAGCAGGAAUCCAUCCGAGAAGGAGAGUUGCAGAAAGGCCGUUUGACAGUCUUGGUGCUGAAAGCAACGGAGCCCUUCGAGUUUGAGACCCAAGAAGGCAACCGAGAGAUGAUGUUUCAUGCUACAGUGGCUACGGAGACGGAAUUCUUUUUUGUAAAAGUUUUCAAAACACAGCUAAAAGAUAAAUUCACCCCAAAGAGAAUAAUUGUAAUGUCAAAAUAUUAUUGGCAUAGUGGUUUCCUGGAGGUGAAUAGUGCCUCGCUUGUGUCUGAUGCUAAAUCUAACCAAACGAUCUGUGUCCCAAGGAACAUUUGCAGAAAAGCUGGUGAAACCCCGAAGAUCAAGAAGCUUCAAAGCCAGCCCAUUGGAACAAUUGUGAACGGGCUGUUUGUAGUCCAGAAGAAAACAGAAAAGGACAAUAGUGUAUUAUUUAACAUAAAUGACAACACAGGGAGCAUGAAAGUAUCGGUGCUUGGAAAACAGAAGGACACAAACUUUGAGGAAGGGGAUAAACUUCAACUUACCUUCUUUGAGCUGUCAAGAAGUAGAGGCAAACUACAGCUGAAAUCUGGAAUUCAUAGCCACAUAAAGGUUAUUAAAACCAAAAAGAAAUGAAAAGGACCAAUUCAGGUCAAAUGGUCUAACAACAUUUAUUCAAGAAUACGUGAUCCAGCCUCUUCCACCAGCUCAUGAGGGAGCUGAGAGCAGCAGUUCACAGGCUCUUCCCCCGCAAAAAUAGGAUUACAAGGGGAUAAUUCCUGGGUAAACAACUCCAAAAUUAUCAACAUAUCAUCACAAUAAAAGUUAAUUUCUCAUUCA